CUAUCUGUCUAUCAUUCAUCUAUCUAUCUAUCACUCUUUUCUAUCAUCUAUCUGUCUUUGACUCUUUCUUUUCUAUCUCUGUCUGUGUCUAUCUAUCUAUCUGUCACUCUUUUUUAUCAAUCUAUCUAUCUGUCUCUCACUCUUUUCUAUCAUCUAUCUGUCUGUCUGUCCGUCCGUCCAUCUCUAUCUAUAUAUCUGUCUGUCUGUGUGUCUAUCUAUCUAUCUGUCUGUCACUCUUUUCUAUCAUCUAUCUAUUUAUCUGUCCGUCCGUCCAUCUCUAUCUAUCUGUCUCUGUCUGUCUGUCUAUCUAUCUAUCACUCUUUUCUAUCAUCUAUCUAUUUAUCUGUCCGUCUGUCCGUCCGUCCAUCUCUAUCUGUCUGUCUGUCUGUCUAUCUAUCUAUCUAUCUGUCUAUCUGUCUGUUUAUCCAUCCAUCCUUCCAUCUAUAGACGUUAUUUACAUAUGUAUGUGAUGUACAUUGCUGCUCCAUUUGUCUUUAUCUUCUUUUGCCACUGAAAAGUUUCUUAGAUUUCUUUUUUCUAUUUUAUCCCCUAAUCUCUUCAAAACUCUCUUUGUCAGCGUGACUGUGCUGAAGUGAAAUGUGUUUUAUUUGUGACGUUUGACUGACAGAAACAUUGUCCAAUCAUUGAGCAGAAAGGGGGCGUGUACCAUUGCGUAAUGCUGUACUUCGACUGACAGCAACCGUGAACGAAUUACUGUUGUAGACACACACCUCAUCCAAUAAUAAACAGACAAGACCGUUUCCCCUGGCGACAUGUAGCCAAUCACCGCUAAGCAGGAAGGCGGUGCUAAAACGGGUCGGUAGCAACAGUUGCCCCGGUGAGAACGAGGCGCCAUAGUCACGGUAGUCGUGGCGACAAGAACCCAGCAACGAGAAUCAACAACAACAAUUUGAAAGCCUUAAGAAACUAAAACUGCGCGCCAAACAAACAGCAUUCAACAAGAAGCGAAAGAGGGAGUUUGGCUGUUGUCGUCAUGGCAACUUCAGGCUACGCUGCUGAGGAGCUUCAGCCCUCCCAAACACAAGGGGGUAGCAUUACAACAACAUCAUCAACACAGCAAAAAGCCCCUUCCACCACAACACCCCAGUUUCUUCCCGACUUACAAAGCUCGCCAGGGUCCGCACCUUCACAGUCAGGCCCCAUCGCAAGACCACAUGCCACGCCCUCUGUAAGUCAGAAGAAGUCUGUUUUGGCCACGCCUCCUCAGGGAGCCGCAACAGCAGCACAGUAUAUCGCCGGAGAGAUACAAAGCUCCGCCUCCCAGCCAGGAAACAGCCAGAGCACCUCACAGUUUAUAGUGGUGACAGUUUCUGAGGGCUCUCUUCACUCAAAUGACUCAGUGUCAGACUCUAAUUCUCCUCCCACUGGACAGACAGGUGUGCCCACACAGGUAGUGCAACAGGUGCAGACAGCACAGCAGAGGUCAGUGGUGCAGGCCACAAACAAGAGUCAGAGUGGACAACUGGGGGUCAGCAAUCUACACAUCACACCUGAGCUCCCUGUGCAACAUGUGUACUCCAGUCAGUUCGUGGAGAGUGAUGCCAACUACAACAAUACUACAAUUCGUUCCAGUAGUUACCCGUACACAGACUCCUCCCUCUACCCUCAGACCACACCCUCUGUCACUUACUAUGAGACCUCACCCACUUCCGUAUCACAGGUCACGUCCCCCGCCACCACUCAGACUGUGUCUGUGAUGUCAGGGGCGGGCAAAGGAGUGGCCUCUAUGUUCUCUGAGGGCACUUCAGGGAUAACGGUGGCAGCAGGCGGGUCCUUGUCGGGUGUGGGUGGGGCAGGAGGUGGAGUCAGUGCUGGAGGGGUGGGGAGUUAUGUUAUUCAGGGUGGGUUUAUGCUUGCAGGAGUCAGUGGAGGGAACCAGAAUUUCGCACCCAACACACGGGCCUCACCUGCGACUGUGCAGUGGUUGAUGGAUAACUAUGAGACAGCUGAAGGUGUUAGUCUUCCUCGCUGUACUCUCUACUGUCAUUACCUGCUGCACUGCCAGCAGACCAAGCUUGAGCCCGUGAAUGCCGCCUCCUUCGGCAAACUCAUCCGCUCCGUGUUCAUGGGGCUCAGGACCAGACGUCUCGGCACCAGAGGGAACUCUAAGUACCAUUACUAUGGCCUUCGAAUCAAGAAUAGCUCACCUCUACACAGACUGGUGGAAGAUCAGCAACACCUGGCCAUGAGACAACAACCCUACUCACAGAAACACAGGAUAAAGCCGGUGCAGAAGGUGGAAGGAUUGACCAAUGGGAUGGCCCUCGGGGCCGGGCUGUCAGACAUCAGUGCCCAGGUUCACCAGUAUCAGCAGUUUUUGGAUGCGUCUCGCAGUCUGCCGGAGUUCUCUGAGCUGAAGAUUGAGGGUAACUCUCUACCAGACGGACUCCUCCCACAACAUAUACACACCUAUCAGCUGCUCUAUAGAGAACACUGUGAGGCAAUUCUAGAUGUGAUGGUAAACCUGCAGUUUCCUCUUGUGGAGACACUGUGGAAGAGUUUCUGGAGGUUCAGUGAAGGACAAACCAGCGACACGGAUACACUCGACCUUCAUGAUGAAUCAGAGAAGCGUUUGCCAAAGUCAUUUCUGGUUCUGCUGUGUAAGUAUGAGCCGGUUCUGAGCUGGACCCGUGAAUGUGACAACGCACUGUAUCAAAACCUACUGGAGAUGCUCAUUCCUGAUGUCCUGAGACCUAUACCCAGUGCCUUAACUCAAGCCAUCCGUAACUUUGCUAAGAGUCUGGAGAACUGGCUCACCAAUGCCAUGAUCAACAUCCCAGAAGAGAUGGUGCGCAUCAAGGUUGUAUGUGCAGGAGCGUUUGCUCAGACUCUACGGCGUUACACAUCUCUCAAUCAUCUGGCUCAGGCGGCUCGUGCUGUCCUGCAGAACACAGCUCAGAUCACACAGAUGCUCAGCGACCUCAAUCGCGUCGACUUCACUAAUGUACAGGAGCAAGCAUCAUGGGUGUGUGGUUGUGAGGAUGGUUUGGUGCAACGGUUGGAGCAGGACUUUAAACUCACUUUACAGCAGCAGAACUCUCUGGAGCAAUGGGCCGCAUGGCUGGAAGGUGUUGUGUCACAGGUCCUGAAGCCCUACACCGGCAGCCCGGCCUUCCCCAAAGCUGCCAAACUCUUCCUGCUCAAAUGGAGCUUCUACAGUUCUAUGGUGAUCAGAGACCUGACUCUGCGCAGUGCGGCCAGUUUCGGCUCGUUUCAUCUGAUCAGAUUGCUGUAUGAUGAAUACAUGUAUUACCUGAUUGAGCACAGAGUGGCACAGGCCAAAGGAGAGAUGCCCAUCGCUGUCAUGGGAGAGUUUGCCAGUCUGAACCGAGGUCAGAGGUCAAUGGACCCUGAUAAAGAUGAGGAAGAGGAGGAAGAUGAUGAGACUGACGAAGAUCAGGAAAUGUCCAUUCCUGUCGACUCCGUUGUGUUGGGGGAGGAGUCUCUGGAGCCGCCAGCAAAACUCGCCAGAACUGACCUGUUCAACAACAGUGCACAAAACUAACACACACACACACACAUUAUUCAUGUUUAAGUCUCAUCAUCUCUCCUUUCAGUCCUUCAUUUGAUCAAGCUCAUGUACAUUCACACCUUUAUCAUCAGUCUUUAGCUUGAAAAUUAAUAUUUGUUCUAAACGAUCAUCUUUGACACUUGGAAUUUCAGUGCAUUAACAGAAUAAUUUGAGUUUCUGAAGUCAGAUACACCAGAUCUAUGUUUGAAUAACAUGAGAUGCCUCGAAUGUACACAGUACACACACAUUUGCAUUGCCUUCCCAUUGUCAAUCAAAGCUGCCAUGUUCGCCAUGUGUUUUGACUCUGUAGUCUGAUAAUCAUGCUGCCAUGAAAACUAUCUUUUGCCAAAGCCUAUCAUACCUUACGUAGGUCUGUUGCUCAUUAAUAUUCAUGAGUGUGGUCAUUCCCCUUAAAUGUUGAUGUAAAGACUGUAGGAAAAGAUUUAGCCUUUCACAGCAGUAAUGCCACACGCCCUUAUCUUUUUUGUAACAUUAAUAAUGAUAUGAUUAUAUACGAUUGUUGUGCUUUAAACAGCUGACUCUGAAUUCGACUCUGUAGAUCGAAUGUGCCUUUCAAAGAAUUACUAUAUCAAGAGAUCCGUAAACGUAUCAAUAAAUCAUGUAGAAGCGUUAUUUGUUUCUUUUUCUGAAAUCACAUUGUCUUUUAAAGGAAAAGUUCACCCAAAAAUGAAAAUUCUGUCAUCAUUUACUCACCGUCAUGUCGUAUUCUGAAGAAUCAUUAUGCUGCUGUGUUCCACAAUGACAGAAAACGACAAAAAAAGCACAAAUAAAGUCCAUGCGCUAUAUUCUAAGUCUUCCGAAGACAUACGAUGGCUUUGUACGAGUCGUGUACAUACAAACAUGCCGCAUUAAGAUGUGUUGCACCAAGUUUGACGUCGAUGAUGUUGAAUACCAUUGGUUCUCGCAUGUCACGUGACCAUUUGCAACUCUGCAAAUUUGAAUAUGUAGAAGAGUGAAUGAGAUCUGAGUAAAUGACAGAAUUUGGGGGUUAAUGAUACCUUUCAUUCAUUUCACUGAACUCAUCUCAGUCGCAGUGCUUUGUGUCAUAUCAGAGAAAUCAUUCAUUCUACAUCCUGUGAGUCUCUGUGGGCAAAUGAGGCAUUGAUAAGCCACACACUGAACAACACAACUCACAUUUACAUGCAUUAACACAGAGUACAGGGAGAUUUGCAGAUGGGAUGCUUCAGAACAGCUAAUACAUAUUCUUUAUCUAAUUAUGGCAGUGUUGAUAGCAAAUCAGCAACUAGUGUGUUUUGACGUAAGUGUUCUGUUGGUUAUAGAGUCAAAUUUACUGUAGCAGAUUAAAUGGCACAGAUGUGGCAAAACAAAAUGCAUUAAGUUAUGAUUAUGAAUGCAUAUAUUUAGCACAGGUUUAUAUUGCUUAAAAAUAAUCUGUCAGAAUGUCUUGAAUUGUAUUACAAGAGCUUAAUGCCAAUGCUCUGUCUUUCGUUGUGACUGUGAAUUUGAUAGGAAUACAGCAUAUGAUUAUGCUUCAAAGAUGUACAGUAUAGUUUUAUGAUCUUGUACUGUUCAAACCAUAAUGGCCUUAUUUAAAGUGUUGCUGUAGCAGAAACUGAUGUAAAAAUCAAUGUUAUUGUACCUGCUACUGAAAGUCAAAGUUCAGUGUCCCUUUAAAAAUAGAUAUUUAAGAGAAUCCUGAUGUUCAGCUCUCUUUUGUAACCAGGCCCAGACAGGAAAGGCUAGAGGAGGAUAUAUAGCUGCAGGUAAAGCUCCAAAAAGUGGCGUGAGCUCCAAACCGCCAUUAAAGAUAGAGGGUGCCCCUUACCUAACCCUUUCCCUAACCUUAACAGUGCCUGUGGCAGACAAGCCUCUCAUUCAUCAGGAAAGGAGGAAGCAGGAACCAGAUUAACAAUCAAAAAGACUUUAAUUCAACAUAAAACACUGAACUGAAAUAUAACAAAAUUGCGCACACAAAACACUGCUGCGUGCAUCUCUCUCUCUCUCUCUCGCGUCCCCAGCUCCUCCUUUUAUCUCUCUUCCACUGAUUGGGCAACUCAGCACUGGGCGUGAAUCCUCUUGGCCCGGCCAUGCCCUCCUCCUCAUCCCGCCCCCUUCUGGAGUAACUCCCGCCCCCUUUUGGAGAUUCAGCCCCCAUUUGGAGGUCUCCAGCCUGCAGUUAUACCUACUUGAAAGGCUAGUGUACAUUUUUUUAAUUUUCCUGCGUGCCAUUCCAUCUCACGCAUGGUCGGAGAAGGAUAUAGCUGCAGGCAGUGCUCCAAAAAGUGGUGGGAGCUCCAAACCACCAUUAAAGAUAUAGGAAGCCCCUUACCUAAUCCUUUCCCUAACCUUAACAGUGAGUGGAAGUGACACCCCCUUCUGGAGUAACCCCGCUCUCUUAUGGAGAUUCUGCCCCCCUUUUGGAGGUCUUCGGCCUGCAGCUGUACCUACUUGCUUGGUCGAGACUUUCGAAGUAUCCAACAUUUUCCUGAAUGCGGAAGUGUUCCACAAUUCGCCUGUUUUCAAUUUCCGGUCUACAGUGUUUUCACCCGCAUCAGCCUAUAUUCUUAGCAGGUAAUGUGAUAACACUUGUAAAAAUCAUCACAAGAAAAAACAUGUCGCUCUGUAGUGCCGAAACUUCAAAAAGUCGAGAUGCCCUUUUUUGUUUUUUUUUGACAGUGCCUCACAUGAGUGUGUAGAUGUCAUGAAGCAAUGGUCCGAGGUUAGUUACAUUGAUAUCAUUAACUACUUCGAGUUAUGACAGCAAAAAACACAGGCUGAGCAUGAAAUUUAUUUUUACUCAAAAUAACACUUAAAUGGUUGUUGUUCUCCCUCUGCAUUGCUCGUUUCGAUUAGUUUUACAUUGCACCUCGAGACCAGUAACAGAAAACUAUUUGAAUCAUCAUGGCACCACUCAGUGGUUGCUCAGGAAAACUGUGGAUACUCUUUUGACCGCGAGCCCAUACGGACUCGUUUGACGAAUACGCACUACUUUAUGACACUCUUUAGUACAGUCAAUGGCAGGUGCAUGUGCAGACAACAUGCAAAAACAAGGACAGUCCACUUCUAGAAAAUUUGGCUGCAUGCGGACAGUCCGCGUAUACUGUGAUGAUGCACGAGACUUAAAAAACCUACCUACUGGUAUGCGGAAAACCGAAGUAGAAACAUAGUCAUGUCUAGAAGAUAACCAUCCAGAUGCCGAAAGUCUCACGAGAGUCGCAUGUGACGUUCACGCACUGUUUAUUUUUCUUUGAAGUCCCACAGAAACCGUACCCCUUUUUUUUCUCCCCAAUUUGGAAUGCCCAAUUUCCAAUGCGCACUAAGUCCUCGUGGUGGCGUAGUGACUCACCUCAAUCCGGGUGGUGGGGGACGAAUCUCAUUUGCCUCCGCUUCUGAGACCAUCAAUCCACGCAUCUUAUCACGCGGCUUGUUGAGUUGACAUAGCGCGUGUGGAGGCCCACGCUAUUCUCGCGGCAUCCAUGCACAACUCACCAUGUGCCCCACCGAGAGCGAGAACCACAUUAUAGCGACCACGAGGAGGUUACCCCAUGUGACUUUACCCUCCCUAGCAAUCGGGCUAAUUUGGUUGCUUAGGAGACCUGGCUGGAGUCACUCAGCACACCCUGGAUUCGAACUCGUGACUCUAGGGGUGUUAGUCAGCAUCCCUAACUCUUACCCUAAAGGCCUGGGUAUAGUUUGUAUUUGUGUGUUCCAGAUCGGAUCGUGCCCAGUCAACCGCGUUGCCUAUCAAAGUAUACUCUCCUGACCGCGAGCGAAUAUGAAUGCACCAACAAUGGACAUGGAUGAGGACUGUCCGCGUGUUGAGAACAUCUGGGCCAUGUGUGGACUGUGCUGAUGAUGAAAUUUGCGUCAAGCGUACUGUGCACAGAGCAAAAAGCAACAUGGACAACCGUAGGAUACUUUGGCCCUAAAUCUAGCCCUAACCUUAGUAUUGCAAAUGUGAGUCUCGCGAGACUUUGGUAUUCCUAUGGUUACCUUCUAGACACAGCCCAGAAGCAUUCUGGGCUGAAAAAGUUUGGAAUGGCAUUUUAACCAUACUACUCUUGCUACUUCCGCCAUGUCUAUGGUAGAAAUGGUAAGAAUAGCAUAGUAGUAGGCAGGGACGUAGCUAGGGGGUGAAAGGUGGUAAUGAUUCUAGGGGCCCACAACAAAUUCUAAACUGUGUAUUUUUUAGUAGGAAAGAGGCCCAAAGCAAUAUACAGUCAGGCGCCCCAGAAUACCCAGCUACGGUCCUAUAGUAGGCCAUCCCAAACCUUUACGCAAGUACACAUUAGAACAUGCGAGAGCUUGGCCAACGCAUCGCCAAUUACUGUGGCUGUGACAUACAGUACCUCAGUACUCAAGGGGCAAUAGAGUUACCUUCAAAAGUCUGUACCAUUAAACUGGGUUUACUAUUAUUCAGGUAAUUUGCUAUAAAUAUAUUGACUUCAUUUGCUCAGCAAUAUUUGCUCUGCAGUUCACCUGAAAGAGUAAACUCACCAUAGAAGCAGAAAGUUCACACUAAUGUCCUCUCUAGCGCCCCUUGUGGCAAAGUCGAUACUGCAAUGCAUCAAGUUUUGCGUUGUCUUAUGAAUUGCGCGGUCUGACACAUUUUGUAACACAACUACACACAAAAUCGAGCGAGUAACAAGACGCGUCUGCAUUUACGCACUUGUGUAGAGAAAAGUCCCUGUAUUUUCUGCAUAUUUCAACAUAAUAAAAUGUGUUAAAUGCAAGAGACAGUACUGCAUUCUUAUUGGUAGCUGAAAGAAUAAUCAAAUUAGCAUAAAUAUUUAAUAAACAAAAAUGCAGGGGGCGGGGCAUGUGGAGAACUGUGGAGAGUCUGGUUAUUUGUAAUCCUUUACAAGACAUUUGUCUUUUUAGCCCAGCAUAUGGAAAUCAUUCUUAUAUACACAUUACAUUUGCUCGCUUUUAUGCAAUGAAAAAAGUCAUAGACAUUCAAGUAUGCAAGAAUUAUUUAAUUUGAUCAAAAAUAAAGUAAAUCAAUGUUGAGUAAAAAUAAUAUUCUCAUCCAGUCCAGCUGAGGCCACGACCAGUAUUUUUAAAAAGGGGGAGGAGCUACAGCUUCUGAUUGGCUGAUGACACAGUCUUCUAUACAGGUCCUAAACAAUGUAAACAACUGUGUCCUGCAACAAACAUAACACCCAAACCAACAUAGGUUUUCCUUUAAGAUAAGGUUCUUUCUCUGCAGUUGAGAAGCAUAUUUUCAGGCUUUCUGGCCACAUAAAGAAUUAAAACAUCCACUUUUGACUUUGAAAUGAUCAAUGACUUACUUUGGAGCAUUUUCAAACAGGAACACAAUAUGAACUGGAACUUCAUUUCAUUAACCUAACGUGUAGCUUCUUUAUGUGCUUGCAGUUUUAACAAGAGACGGAUAUUCAAGGGAACAAGAAGUUUUAGUAUAUAAGAUGCCAGUUUUGCAGCAUUUUACAUUUGGAUGGAGAUUGCUGACAUGUCUAAAUUCUGCAAAAUAAAAUGAAAUACAUUAAAGGUCAACAGAACAAGAUGAUCCCAGAGUAUCCAGCGCUGUUACAGGCAUUUAAGGUGGUCUGAGCACCAUGCAAACAUGUCUUUAUGUGGCUGUUGAUGAAAGUGAUAGUUUGUCGGAUCACAUUAAGUCCCUGAAAUAUUCUGAAGAAGUGAAUGUUCCCACAAUCACACUGAUGGAUGUAAAAAAAAAAAAAAAAACAUGACAAA